AUCACAAUGCUGUGUAAUUUUGACUACUCACCAAUAGCAGGUAGAUACUUCACACACAGUUUUCAAAGAAAUUAACCAACUGAAAAGGAUCCUGGGACAACAGGCUUAUUCAAAGUGGUUAAAAUCAUUGAGAUUUGGCUAAAAUCACAGGGAUGUGGAUAGAAUAACAGGGAUGUAUCUUAAAUCUCUGAUUCUGUUCCAUUUUAUCACUCUGAAUGUGUAGAUGAUGAAGUUCUAUGAUACCUAAACACAGCCAUGUGAUUAGUGUUGAACAUUUUAUGGAAGGUGGUAAAGGAUCAACGUUCAGCCUAUAGAUGAUAUGAUAAAAGAGUACAUUGAUAAGUAGGUUAGGAUAUUAUAAUAUAACCUAUUAUUACUUUAAAUACAAAAUACUGGUUUGUUUCAGAAUGUUAUCCUAGUUUUGAUAACCCCAAAUCAGAUCUUUUUUUUUUUUUUUUACCUCAGUUCAUUACAUAGAAGUUCAAAUAUAGGCUAAUGAAAUGUAACUUACAUAUAAUUAAAAUACCAAACUCUCUCUCGACCUUACACUGUUUAACAGGACGCACCUCUCCAUGGUCCUGAAAUGUCUGAAAUGCGUUUCCAGGAGGGCACUGCGCAAGCUGCUUAUUUUAACUCAGGAAUGAACGGAUAAUUAGCUGAUGAACCAAAAUUCCCCUUCGGGAAGGGGAAGGUUUGUCUGAUAGGAUACGAACCGCAAUGUCACAUAUACCAAAUUACUUCCAGAACGUCCAGUGCAGAGCAUUGUGUAAAGGUUAUAACAGCAGUCGUGUUUGUUUCUAGUGACCACUACAGAACGAUGUUAAAUAUGCACUACAGCGUUUCAUUUCUGAACUUUGGCACAAGCCAAACAGACGAAUGAAAUCGAGUGUAAAGCCCAAGAAAUAGCAAAGUGCAUUAGUGACAAGCGAAUACGGUAGAUCUCUGCAUGAACACCGAACACAGCGUUAGACGCUGCGUAAAGUUUUUGGACAGUACGGCAAGCUUGACGCGCACCAGCAUAUCCACCGCUGAUCGUCUUUCUGGGUGGUAACCAGCAAUGCCAGACGUAUGACGUUAUUGCUGGCGUACGAUUGCAGUGUAAUUGUGCUGUACUAAAUGAGUCCCAGUCGUAUUGGCUUACCUUCCAAGUGCGUUAUACCAUCUGUUUAGUUGGGAAGAGCGGUCUAUACAACUUUAGCAUAGAGCACUAAUUUGUUCAUUGAGUUAUACUUGACAGUUCUGUUUACUGGUUUACUUAGCUUGGAUUGUUAAUCUUUUAUGCAAGUGAUCUUUACUAGAAAACACCACUCUAAGCCAACGCUGCAGGACUGAGCAAUGCCGUUUGCGAAAACCCUCCUUGUGUUGGCUGUGCUUUGCGCGCCUAUCUCCAGCCUAUACUACUUCGUCUGCGACGAUGAGUUUCUUCCUCGCUCAGAAGCUGACGAGCACCCCGCAAAGCCAUUGUACGACACCCUGAGCCUCCUGUACAAGCCCGCAGAUGCAUUGUCUUCUCAGGAGUCGCGGGAGAGAAGGACGUUGCCCGAAUCCAACUACAAGUUUUUAAGCCAGACCCUCCUCAGGAGUAAGAUGUAUCGGAACAGCGCAAAGAGUGAGCGCCGUAACCAGGUCACUCUGUCACUCGACGUGCCCACCAGCAUCAUGAAUAUCCUCUUUGACAUCGCCAAAGCCAAGAACCUGCGCGCUAAAGCGGCGCACAACGCGCGCUUACUGGCGCAGAUUGGAAGACGAAAAUGAACUCUUGCUCGUAGAAGUCAUUUACGACGUGUCAUGUGUUGUUGCAAAAGCAUACGUUCUCACUCAUUUGCGUGUAAUGUUAUACAGAUGACUUGCGAAUUAGCAGAUACGCAAAAUAGGCAAAAGGUACAUUUUUCUGCGAAAUGUAAUUGAUUUAGACUUUAAUAGGAAUUCUGAGUGCUCUUUGUGGAUAUGCUCAAACUGGUGCACAGAAAUAUGUAAAUGUCAGCAUUUCUUUGGAAAGAGAUAUCUUGCCAAUGGGUUGAGUUCAAAACGAUUAAAAUGAUAAAAAAUAA